UCAUAACCAUAGUCAAAUUUAAAUCAUCAGCAAUGAGAUUAAAAAUAUUAACCUUUCUCACAUUAAUCUGUUUAACAAGAAGCCAGCUUAGCUCAUCACAGUCAACAGAUGUCUUUCAAUUUACAAAUGAUAGUGUUGAUCCAAAAAUGGAGUUUCAAACUGAAAUGCAACGCUAUGAUGGCUGGUAUAAUAAUCUCGCCCAUCCAGCUUGGGGAUCGAUAGAAAGCCAAUUAACCCGUAAAGCUCCGUCUUCUUAUGCCGAUGGAGUUUACAUGAUGGCUGGUGAAGACCGUCCAAGUCCAAGAAGCCUAAGUCAAGCUGUAAUGAAAGGUGAAGAUGGGAUUCCCUCUGCACGUAAUUUAACCACAUUAUUUGCCUUCUUUGGACAAGUUGUUUCCUCUGAAAUUUUAAUGGCCAGUGAAUCUGGUUGUCCAAUUGAAAUGAGUAAAAUUAAAAUUGAAAGAUGUGAUGAAAUGUACGAUCGAGACUGUAAAGGUGGACGUUACAUGCCGUUCCAUAGAGCAAUGUACGACUCAAGAACCGGACAGUCACCAAAUCUACCUCGAGAACAAAUCAAUCUCGUCACAAGUUGGAUCGAUGGAAGUUUUGUGUAUUCAACUUCAGAGACAUGGUUAAACACCAUGAGAUCCUUUAAAAAUGGUUCACUUAAAAGUGACGAGUCCAACAUGUUUCCACCUCGUAAUAGGGAAAGAGCUCCUUUACAUAAUUCACCACCAGCUCACCAUAUUAAAAUGAUUUCACCAGAAAGAAUGUUUCUUCUGGGUGAUCCCCGAUCAAAUCAAAAUCCAGCCUUAUUGGCAUUUGGAUUAUUAUUUUUUCGUUGGCACAAUACAUUGGCUCAACGGAUUCAAGCUGAAUAUCCUCAUUGGUCGGAUGAAGAUAUUUUUCAAAGGGCCAGGCGCCUUGUAAUUGCUAGUCUUCAGAAUAUUAUUUUAUAUGAAUAUUUGCCAACCUUGUUGGGUUCAGAUGAACAAAUUGCUCCAUAUACUGGUUAUAAACCCGAUAUUCACCCGGGUGUUAGUCAUGCAUUCCAGUCAGCCGCAUUUCGUUUCGGCCACACAAUGAUUCCUCCUGGUCUUUAUCGAAGAGAUGCUCAAUGUAACUUCAUAAAAACUCGCCAUGGUCAUAAUGGUAUACGUUUGUGCUCCACUUGGUGGGGCUCUGAGGAAGUGAUACCAGAAACAGGAUUGGAAGAGUUAUUAAUGGGUCUUUCAUCUCAAAUUGCUGAACGAGAAGAUUCAAUUUUAUGUUCAGACGUCCGUGAUAAAUUGUUUGGCCCAUUGGAUUUUAGUCGACGUGAUUUAGCUGCUUUAAACAUAAUGAGAGGUCGAGAUAAUGGUCUACCUGAUUACAAUACAGUGCGGAAAGUAUUUGGUUUACCUAAAUUAAAUUGGACUGAAAUUAAUCCAGUCUUUUCAGCCAAUAAUCCUGAUGUAAUUAAACGAUUAUAUGAUCUUUAUAAUGGCGAUGUUGAUAAUAUUGAUCUUUAUGUUGGUGGAAUGUUGGAAACCAAUCCAACUGAAGGUAGACCAGGUCCAGUGUUUAGACGGAUAAUUAAGGAACAAUUUGAACGUAUUCGUGAUGCUGAUCGAUUUUGGUUUGAAAAUGAAGCUAAUGGCAUAUUUUCAAUUGAUGAGAUUGAAGAGAUUCGUAAAAUCAGGUUAUGGGAUAUACUGGUCAAUGCAACCGGAAUACCGGCAAAUGCGGUUCAAAAGGAGUUAUUCCGAUUCCAGGAGGGUGAUCCAUGUCCACAACCUGGACAAUUAAACAGCAGCCAAUUGGAACCCUGUAUUAUACUCAAAGGAUGGGAUUAUUUCCAUGGAAGUGAACUUCCAUACAUUUUUGUCAUCCUUCUUCUCAUCUUUAUACCAACAGUUGUUGCCCUUGUUGGUUAUGGAGUAAUCAAAUUACAAAAUCGUCGUCGCCGUCGAUUCAAAGCAAGACAAGAAAUGUCUGAUGGUAAAGAGUAUGACAAACUAUAUGUUCGUGAAUGGCUUCACCAGAAUCAUAAACGUUAUGUUAAAGUAAAGAUUGGUCCUGAUGAAUCAUUGUCUACGGUUAAUCGUAAAGGUGAAACAUUGCGUCGUAUUGAUUUCAUCAAUGUUAACUCACUGAUUGUUGAGGUAACCCAAGACUCGGCUAAACCAAUGGUUUUGAUCCGUUCAACUCGGGAUCAUGAUUUGGUUUUACAGUUUAAUAAUUUAAGUGAACGUAAACGUUUCUUAUCUAAAUUGGAAAGCUUCUUAUUGAAUCGUAAAAAGACUCUGGAAAUAAUUCAUACUUAUCGGGAUAUUAUGUUGGCCAAUGCUGAAACCAAAGAGAAACGUCAGAAACGUUUGGAGCACUUUUUCCGUGAAGCUUAUGCUUUAACCUUUGGCUUGAAGCCGGGUGAAAAGCGUAAACUAGAUUCAGUUUCAAAUGAUGUUAUCAUGGUUAUGAGAACUAGUUUGUCUAAAAAUGAAUUUGCUGAGGCAUUAGGAAUGAAAUCAGACUCAUUGUUUGUCAAGCAAAUGUUUAAUUGUGUUGAUAAAGAUAAAGAUGGUCGCAUAUCUUUUCAAGAAUUUCUUGAUACUGUUGUCCUCUUUUCACGGGGUAAAACAGAGGAUAAGGUACGCAUUAUAUUUGACAUGUGUGACCAUGAUGGUAAUGGGCUUAUCGACAAGGUGGAACUGACCAAAAUGAUGACUUCUCUUGUUGACAUCGCAAAAACCAAUUCACUUAGUGAACCUCAAGUUUUGGAAUUGAUUCAAGGCAUGUUUGCUGCAUCUGGAUUACAGGAUAAAGAAGAGUUAAAUUAUGAUGAUUUCAAGACAAUGAUGAAGGAGUAUAAAGGUGAUUUCAUUGCAAUUGGAUUAGAUUGUAAAGGUGCCAAACAAAAUUUUCUUGACACAUCUACCAACAUUGCUAGAAUGACCAGUUUCCAGAUAAGUUCACCUCCAGAAGCUGAUCCUUCUUGGGCCAAGAAAAAGUGGAACUCUUUGAUUACUUAUUUAGAAGAGAAUCGUCAACACAUCAUUUAUCUUAUCAUGUUUUACGUGAUUACGUUCACUUUGUUUUUUGAACGCUACUUUAGCUAUUCCUAUUUAACUGAACACACUGAUCUUCGCCAUAUCAUGGGAGCCGGAAUUGCCAUAACUAGAGGUUCUGCUGCUGCUUUAUCAUUCUGUUAUUCACUUUUAUUGUUGACCAUGUGUCGAAAUUUAAUCACAAAAGUUCGAGAAUACGCUAUACAACAAUAUAUACCAUUAGAUUCACAUGUUCAAUUUCAUAAACUUGUUGCCAUGACUGGACUUUUCUUUACCCUUGUCCAUACCAUUGGACAUUGUGUCAAUUUUUACCACAUUUCAACCCAGCCAUUGGAACAUUUAAGAUGUUUAACCAAGGAAAUGCAUUUCGACUCAGAUUCUAAGCCCAACUUUUCAUUCUGGAUCUUUGGUACUGUUACCGGUAUUACUGGUAUCAUUUUGUUUACCAUUGUCAUGAUCAUUUACAUCUUUGCCUAUCCAAAAAUUAGACAAAAGGCUUACAGUUACUUUUGGAUAACUCACAGUCUUUACAUCUUUCUUUAUGGACUAUCAUUAUUACAUGGACUUGCUAAAUUAACUGGAACACCAAGAUUCUGGGCAUUUUUCAUUAUACCAGCAGUUUUGUUUACCUUGGAUAAAAUAAUCAGCCUUCAAACUAAAUAUAUGGAACUCGAUAUUUUAGAGACUGAACUUUUACCAUCAGAUGUGACCAAAGUCAAAUUCAGUCGACCUCCCAACUUUAAAUACUUAUCAGGUCAAUGGGUCCGUCUUUGUUGUACCGCAUUCAAAUCAAACGAAUACCAUUCGUUGACUUUAACUUCUGCCCCUCAUGAAAAUUAUCUGUCAGUUCAUGUAAAAGCUCAUGGACCUUGGACCUGGAAGCUUCGAGGUUUCUUUGAUCCGUCAAAUUAUUCGCCCAAUGCACCAACACCUAAAAUAAAGUUAGAAGGUCCAUUUGGUGGAGGAAAUCAAGAUUGGUACAAACAUGAGAUUGCAAUUAUGGUUGGUGGUGGAAUAGGAGUUACUCCAUAUGCAUCCAUUCUCAACGACUUGGUCUUUGGUACUUCUACCAAUCGUUACAGUGGUGUUGCUUGUAAAAAGGUUUACUUCCUUUGGAUUUGUGCCUCACAUCGACAUUUUGAAUGGUUCAUCGAUGUUCUUCGUGAUGUUGAAUCGAAAGAUGUUACCAAUGUUCUUGAAGUGCACAUAUUUAUUACACAAUUUUUCCAUAAAUUUGAUCUUCGGACAACAAUGUUGUAUAUUUGUGAAAAUCAUUUCCAAAGAAUUUCAAACCGAAGUAUGUUUACUGGAUUAAAAGCAGUUAAUCACUUUGGUAGGCCUGAUAUGAAUGCUUUCCUUAAAUUCAUUCGCAAACAACAUGCAUAUGUCAGUAAAGUCGGAGUUUUCAGCUGUGGUCCGACAGCUUUAACCAAAACAAUCAGCAAAGCUUGCGAAGCAGUCAACAAACAACGAAAAUUACCAUACUUUUUACAUCAAUUUGAAAAUUUCUAGGCUUUUCUCAAUUUUUAACAAAAUUAUCAUUUUUUUACCUUUCAUAAUCAGCUGUCAUUACAAUAUUUAUUCAUAAUUAACUCUAUUUCUGAAGUUCUGUUGGUUUAAUUAUUAACAUUGAUAAUUAACUUCAGAGUCAAUGAAAUGUGACUGAUCGUGCCAUCAGUAAACUCAAUUUUUGCAUUCACUUA